AUGGCCCAUUCCCAUGGCAAACACCUCAUUCUCUUUUCCCCACCCCUCAUUCUCUCUCCCUGCCUUGCAUUUUCGGUGUUUGCCCCUCAUCCUCCCUCCCUGCACCUCAUUCUCUUUCCCCCACCCCUCAUUCUCUCUCACUGCCUUGCAUUUUCGGUAUUUGCCCCUCAUCCUCCCUCCCUGCACCUCAUUCUCCCUCCCCCACCCCUCAUUCUCUCUCCCUGCCUUGCAUUCUCGGUGUUUGCCCCUCAUCCUCCCUCCCUGCACAUCAUUCUCCCUCCCCCACCCCAUAUUCUCCCUUCCUGCCUUGCAUUUUCGGUGUUUGCCCCUCAUCCUCCCUCCCUGCACCUCAUUCUCUUUCCCGCACCCCUCAUUCUCUCUCCCUGCCUUGCAUUUUCGGUGUUUGCCCCUCAUCCUCCCUCCCUGCACCUCAUUCUCUUUCCAGCACCCCUCAUUCUCUCUCCCUGCCUUGCAUUUUCGGUGUUUGCCCCUCAUCCUCCCUCCCUGCACCUCAUUCUCUCUCCCCCACCCCUCAUUCUCUCUCCCUGCCUUGCAUUUUCGGUGUUUGCCCCUCAUCCUCCCUCCCUGCACAUCAUUCUCCCUCCCCCACCCCAUAUUCUCCCUUCCUGCCUUGCAUUUUCGGUGUUUGCCCCUCAUCCUCCCUCCCUGCACCUCAUUCUCUUUCCCGCACCCCUCAUUCUCUCUCCCUGCCUUGCAUUUUCGGUGUUUGCCCCUCAUCCUCCCUCCCUGCGCCUCAUUCUCUCUCCCCCACCCCUCAUUCUCUCUCCCUGCCUUGCAUUUUCGGUGUUUGCCCCUCAUCAUCCCUCCCUGCACAUCAUUCUCUCUCCCCCACCCUUCAUUCUCUCUCCCUGCCUUGCAUUUUCGGUGUUUUCCCCUCAUCCUCCCUCCCUGCACCUCAUUCUCCCUCCCCCACCCCAUAUUCUCCCUUCCUGCCUUGCAUUUUCGGUGUUUGCGCCUCAUCCUCCCUCCCUGCACCUCAUUCUCUUUCCCGCACCCCUCAUUCUCUCUCCCUGCCUUGCAUUUUCGGUGUUUGCCCCUCAUCCUCCCUCCCUGCACCUCAUUCGCUUUCCCGCACCCCUCAUUCUCUCUCCCUGCCUUGCAUUUUCGGUGUUUGCCCCUCAUCCUCCCUCCCUGCGCCUCAUUCUCUCUCCCCCACCCCUCAUUCUCUCUCCCUGCCUUGCAUUUUCGGUGUUUGCCCCUCAUCAUCCCUCCCUGCACAUCAUUCUCAUUCCCCCACCCCUGAUUCUCUCUCCCUGCCUUGCAUUUUCGGUGUUUGCCCCUCAUCAUCCCUCCCUGCACCUCAUUCUCAUUCCCCCACCCCUCAUUCUCUCUCCCUGCCUUGCAUUUUCGGUGUUUGCCCCUCAUCCUCCCUCCCUGCACCUCAUUCUCUCUCCCCCACCCCUCAUUCUCUCUCCCUGCCUUGCAUUUUCGGUGUUUGCCCCUCAUCAUCCCUCCCUGCACCUCACUCUCCCUCCCCCACCCCAUAUUCCCCCUUCCUGCCUUGCAUUCUCGGUGUUUUCGCCUCAUCAUCCCUCUCUGCACCUCAUUCUCUCUCCCCCACCCCAUAUUCCCCCUUCUUGCCUUGCAUUCUCGGUGCCAUGA